AUUCCCAUAUUUCCCUCUUCAACAUAACUUCCACCACCAUUUUGUUAGUUCUCUCUUUCCAUCCCUCUAGUCUUUCCAACAUUUAUUGACAUUCUUGUUUACGUCCUGAUCAUCCUUUUUCCUUUUUCUCUUGAAGCCCACCCACCCACCCCCACCCCCCCUCUUCUCUAACUCACAAUGGUUAGAGCAUUUGAACAAGAUCAUACUAUUCAGAAAUCUAAGUCUUUCCACUUCAAAGGAAUGUUUGAGAUGACAGGACGCCAGGCUCAGAGCCUGAUUAUUGAUAGUUACAAAGCAAGGUCAAUGGUGGAUGAUCAGGUUACCUUUAGAAGUCAGGGAUCCAAGACUUCAUCUGACAAGGAGAAUCAACCAAUUGGGUCUGCACUGAAUCGAUCAAAUGAUGUUGCUCCCAAGUCACGCUUGGGAAGAGAAGGGGGAGGUGGCCAAGCCAAAGACAGGAACUCAGAUAUCGAAAUGAUGAAAGAAAGGUUUUCUAAGCUUCUUUUGGGUGAAGAUAUGUCUGGUGGAGGGAAGGGUGUUUCAUCAGCUCUAGCUUUGUCAAAUGCCAUUACCAACCUUGCAGCUUCCGUCUUCGGUGAACAAAAGCGAUUGGAGCCCAUGAAUCCUGAGAGGAAAGUAAGGUGGAGAAAAGAAAUUGAUUGGCUUCUAUCUGUCACUGAUCACAUUGUUGAAUUUGUCCCUUCCCAACAGCAAACCAAAGAUGGACCAUGUGUGGAGAUAAUGGUGACACGCCAACGAACUGAUCUGCAUAUGAAUAUCCCUGCCCUGCGAAAACUUGAUGCAAUGCUUAUUGACUACCUAGAUAACUUUAAAGACCAGAAUGAGUUCUGGUAUGUAUCAAGAGAUUCUGAUGAUGCUGAAAAUGGAAAUAGGAAUGAAGAUAAAUGGUGGCUACCCACUGCUAAGGUCCCACCUGAGGGUCUAUCUGAUGUAUCAAGAAAAUGGCUGCUUUUCCAAAAGGAGUCUGUGAACCAAGUACUGAAAGCAGCAAUGGCCAUAAAUGCCCAAGUUCUAUCAGAGAUGGCAAUUCCUGAAAACUAUAUUGAAUCCCUGCCAAAGAAUGGGAGAGCAAGCCUCGGGGACUCUAUAUAUAAGAGUAUCACGGUUGAAUACUUUGAUCCAGAGCAAUUCCUCACCACCAUGGACCUUUCGACGGAGCACAAAAUCCUAGACCUCAAGAAUAGAAUUGAAGCAUCUAUUGUAAUUUGGAAGAGGAAGAUGGUCCACAAAGAUGGCAAAUCUUCAUGGGGUUCAGCAGUGAGUUUGGAAAAGAGGGAACUCUUUGAAGAGAGAGCAGAAAGCAUCCUAGUCCUUCUAAAACAGAGGUUCCCUGGCAUUCCACAAUCAGCACUUGACAUAAGUAAAAUUCAAUACAAUAGGGAUGUGGGACAAUCUGUUCUAGAGAGCUAUUCAAGGAUACUUGAAAGCUUGGCCUUCACAGUCAUGUCACGAAUUGAAGAUGUUCUCUAUGCUGAUUCCCUUGCUAGGGAUCCAUCGUUGGCUGAGUCAGACAGAAAACUAUCAGUAAAUUCCUUGGCCAUAGGGCGGGUAAAGUUCCCAGAUGCUGAAGAAGAGAUACAGAAGUUGAAUUCCAUCGAUACACCUACUUCAAUGACAUUAUCAGACUUUAUGGGUUGGCAUUUGGAUCAAGGAGAAACAGAGCUAAAGAAGGAUUCAUCGGAGAAUGUAGAGGACUACUGGAAAGAUGAAGAAAAGCCCAUGAGCAAACCUGCCAACAUUGUUACCAACAAGAAAGUUUCCUACAUAGAGAAGCUAGAGAUCUUGGGUGGCUUGAGAAGUCCAACAUCUCGUCAUUAAAACAGUAACUAUAGAGAGAUUUGAGAGAAAAGAAAGGGAGGAACAUAGUGAAAGUGAGUGAGGGGAGCUUGAAUUCCCAAUGUAAAUACUCAGACCCAUAAAGGAGUCUUUUGGUCUCUAAUUUGUUUUGUUACCAUUUCAUUCCUUUUUUGGAUGAUGCAUUUGGGUAAUGCUCCCUUCUGUAUCCUGUGGAUGUAAUUUGUUUGUAGAGUUGUAGCUACUGAUCACUUUUUAUUCUGACCAUUUCAAAA